AUGUUAUUGAAUGAAAUUAAACAUUUGUUAGAACCUCAAACUCAAAGGAAUACAGCUAUUUCCUCAAUGAUCCAAUUGUUAUUAGCAUUAAGAUUUUAUGCAACUGGAUCGUUUUUAAUUACAAUGGGCGAUUUUGUAGGCGUUAGUCCGAUGUCUGCUUUUUGCAUGGUUCAUCGAGCAUCAGAAGCAAUUGCCAGCCUUUGUUCGGAAUUUAUAAAGCUUCCAACAACUCCUCAAAUUGAAGCUGAAUUGUUUAAUAUCUCUAUACACAGUCUUACGGUGAGGAAAAAUUUACUUUACUAUAAUGGUGCCUUUGGGAAUGUAUUCAUAUUGGGUGAUAGUGCGUAUCCUAAUGGACCAUAUUUGAUGACACCUCUUACAGCGCCAGUAACACCUGUACAACACUUAUUUAAUGAAGCGUUUAUUAGAACGCGCAAUAUUGUAGAGCAUACAUUUGGAGUCUGGUCGCGAAAAUUUGCUGUUCUACAUAUAGGCUCGCGAUUUCACAAAGUGGGAAGAACUUUACAUAUGAUAAUAGCAACGGCAGUGCUUCACAACAUAGCUCGAAAGGUGCAGCCAGCUCCUCAGAUUAAUCCAAAUAUUUACAAUGCCAUUCCACAACUCCAAAACUUUCGACCUCCAGUUGGAGCAGAUGUCAGGCAAUAUCUAAUAGAUACUUAUCUUCAAAGGUAA